AUGGCUCCCGUCGACGACGUCAGUCGGCGCAGUGGCUCCAUCGAUAUUUCAAAUGCCAUCGAACUUGCGCAAGUUGACUCGGCUCUCUGGACGCCUUCUGCGGCCAGUGUUCAAGACACCGGAUAUGCUCCCAUCCAGCAAGAGCGCGAAAGCGAUUCUGAUACCGAGCCUUUGAAACCAAACCAGCAUACACUUCAUCACUGGGAGUCAGUCAAGCCCCGAUUCUGGAAGACACUCUUGAUCCAGCUUUUCGCGUUUCUGUGGCUGGUCCCUGUCACCCUUCUCCUCAUAUUGAACAUCAAAGGUCACAUUAUUGGUGCCAGCGCUUGGUGUCCUGGCGGGCGCUGCUAUCCAGCUCUUUAUGCAGGCAGCACACUCAAGGCCGAACGGCAGGCCGCAGAACUUCCGGCAAAGUACGACCGCCAAACCCACAAUCUUGUUGGAGCACUCCAAUUUACGGCGAAAGCAUUGGAAGUGUGGUUCAUCAUGAUUGCGACUUGGCUGGUCUAUCUGGUCACAGCCAAGCUGGCUGCGGCGAGCAGCGGGUUACCUAUUGCUUACUUGACGAGACCGAGCGAGUUCGACAAAAUACCAAGUCUAUUAGAUCCACUCCUAUGGUCGACUUUGAGACGUUUGCCAUCAUCAAGGUCCAAUGCAAGACAGGGGAGGCGGCGCAUUUGGGUGUUUGUCGGCCUCACUAUUGCCUUGUGUGCAAUAUGUAACUUGAUGGGCCCGGCAGUGGCGGUGCUCCUGAUACCGACUCUCCAGUGGAAGAACACCCGCAGGCAUGCGGAAGCAAAGUUUUCGAGCUUCAAUUCGAACAGCACCCCAAGCGUUGACGGUUUCGCAUUUUCGGAUGAGCCGUCCUGCACCGCUGCCAACUUCAGUGCGCUGGAAUACUCAUGUGCAAAUCACUGGGCAGCAAGUCUCGAUUCCUGGGUCGAAGGAUAUGGAGCAGCGCGCAGCAAUGGAGGCUUAGUAGUCUCCCUUCAGGACAGCUUAUCUUUCACAUACAACACGACCAUAGGCACCGUCACUGAGCCGGGCACCACGUUCAGCAGCGGAACCUUUGAGAUGGUCACUUGGAGUCCCAGCCGUCAAAUCCUUCACGACCUCUACCUUGACUUGAACAACACCGUCACUUUGUCCUCCAACGGUUAUGAAGCGAACGACACGGAGCUUGUAGAUCGGCUUCAGACUUACAUGGAAGUGAACAACACAGUCCAGACUUUCCUCAAUCGAAAUGGCCCAAUCAUCGGCUCGCUGACCAAUAUAUGGCUCGACUUCGAUAAUCAAAAUCACUGGACAUUAGAUGUGGACACAGACCGGGGAGUCAGAUGUUACGAGGGCUACAACCUCAGCAAUUCACCCCUAUGUUGGGGCGAGUGUGGUUAUGACGAUAUGGAACCGGUCUUUGGUAUCUACACCAAAUGCAUUCCCGUGGGUGUUGGCUGGCGCAAUGGUUUCAAGACGAGGAAAUUCACCAUCGAUCGUCAGUGGUACAAGAAUGAAUACUACUCUCCAGAGGUUGAGGUGACCGUGAUUGCUACUGGUAAAGCGGGUUACGUUGGCAGCGAUGGGCGAGCGCCCGUUCUCCCGGACAGGUGUUUCGACAGGAACGCGUAUCCGUCGACUUGCGACUGGGACCUUUUCUGGAAAUCAGAGCCCGACCCGAAUGUCAAAUAUCGCUCAGACUUCAUCAACACCAUCGAGAUGUCGUGGAACACUACUGGUAUUUCUGGCUCUAGAUCUUCAUUCAUCACCCUCGUGAUCGACUUCGUGGCCUUGCAGAGCUUUGCCACGUACACCUUAGACCCGUCUGUUCUCACAAACCCCUUCUUUACGGCUGAUUGGGCCCUUAAACUCCCAGAGAACGCGACGCUGAGCAAUACCACUGUUGUGCCCGUCGCACCAGCCUGGACUCUUGCCGCUUGGGCCGCGGAUGCGGGCGGUCUUGUUCCAAUUGUCGCCGGCGGAAAUCGUUUGGGGAACAAGGGGAAGGCUCAGCAAGAUGGCUCUGAUGCCAAUCGUGCAAACACUGAGUUUGGUCGACUUCAACACGACGGAUUCUAG